AGGGCGGCGUUGAGCCGGGAAUCGGCGGCGCGGCGGCGGCUGCACAACAUGGUGCAGGAGCUUCGGGGCAACAUCCGCGUGUUUGUGCGCGUCAAGCCGUCGGAGCCAGCCGGCCGCAGCGGCGCGCCGGUGCUCGCGUGCGAAGACAGCCACCGGAUCUCCUGCACCGCCGCCGGAUCCACCAAGGCGUUUGAGUUUGACAGGGUGUUUGGGCCGGAGAGCAGCCAGGAGCAGAUCUUUGGCGAGGUCUCUCAGCUCAUCACCUCAGCGCUGGACGGCUACAAUGUCUGCAUCUUUGCCUAUGGCCAGACAGGGGCGGGCAAGACAUACACAAUGGAGGGCACCAGGCAGGACCCAGGCAUCAACUACCGCACCAUGAAGGAACUCUUCAGGUGCAUCAAGGAGGACCGAGAGGGGGGCACCACCUAUGACAUCACCACAUCCAUCGUGGAGCUCUACAAUGAACAGGUGUGGGACCUACUGGCGGAGUCUGGCAAGAAGGAAGUGGAACUGGUCAAGGCCACCUCUGGCGCAGGCUUCAACGUCCCAGACCUCACACAAGUCGCGGUGACAUCGCCGGAGCAGAUUCUGGACAUCAUGGCUCGCGGCUUUGAGCAGCGCGCAACCGGCUGCCACGACAUCAACGCCCACUCCAGCCGAUCGCACUGCCUGCUGAUUGUGCAUGCGGCGACCACUGAUCCGGCAACAGGCGUCCGCAGCGUCGGCAAACUGACUCUGUGCGACCUGGCCGGCAGCGAGCGCAUCAACAAGACCGGGGCCAGCGGUCUGACGCUAACGGAGGCGCAGAACAUCAACCGCUCCCUGCUGGAAUUGGGCAAUGUCAUCUCUGCGCUCAUGCAGCAGUCCUCCCACGUACCCUACAGGAACUCCAAGCUGACGAUGCUGCUGCAAGACUCGCUGGGCGGCAAUGCAAAGGCGCUGAUGGUCGCCAACCUGGCGCCCUCCCCAGCCCACGCAUCAGAGACCCUCUCCUCCCUCGCCUUCGCCUCCAAGGUGGCGAAUGUGGUGUUGAAGACCCCACAGCGCAAGUUCGAGGACGUGCCCACAGCAGGCGAGGGCCCCCCGGCGGUGGGGAAGGCCGGGGGAACCCAAUCGUUGGCCGCCAGAUCAGGCGCCCUGCGUUCAAACCUGUCAGCGGACAGGCCGCGUCUGCGCGCCGCGCAGCCG